UAGUGUGUGUGUGUGUGUCUAUAUGUGUGUGUGUUGUGUGUCCUAUUGAUUGGGCGGAGAGGCUGGACUGCCCUCCCCAACCCCAAACCCCCAACCCUGGGCAGUGAUGGCCAGGGACCUAAUCGGCCCCGUGCUGCCCCCGGGCUUCAAAGCUCGAGCGACUGCGGAGGAAGAGCCAGACCUGAGUCCAGUUGCAGGACCAGCACUGCCCCCCAACUAUAAGAGCAGUAGUUCAGAUUCAUCAUCCAGUGAUGAAGACAGUGAUUCACCUUUGCCACAGCAAGGAGGAAAGGAAGAUUCUGAAGAGGAACGUGACACAGGCCCAACCCCAAGAAAACAGAGACGAAAUCAAGAUGAUGGUGAUGGUGAUGAUGAUGAAGAUGAUGACAAUGACGAUGAUGAUGGCGGCUUUUUUGGACCAGCUCUUCCUCCAGGAUUUAAAAAGCAGGAUGAUUCUCCACAGAGGCCAAUUAUAGGUCCUGCAUUACCACCUGGUUUUAAUAAUCGAGCACAGAAGACUGGAGAAAACAGAAAUGAUCCAGGACUACUCGGAACUGAGAGUAGUGAAGAUGAUGAGGACAUCGUUGGACCAAUGCCUGCAAAAGGACCAGUCGACUAUAGCGUAACUAAAGAAUUUGAACAGAGAGCUCAAAGAAUGAAAGAAAAGCUCACUAAAGGAGAUGAUGAUAGGUCCAGACCAGUUACAAGAGAGUCGUGGAUGACUGAGCUUCCUCCAGAACUGAAAGGUUUUGGACUUGGGCCAAGAACUUUCAAGAGAAGAGCUGAUGACAAAUCUGGCGAUCGAUCUGUUUGGACAGAUACUCCAGCUGACAGAGAAAGGAAAGCUAAAGAAGCCCAGGAAGCAAAGAAGCUAACGGGUAAGAGUGAUGAGGAACGUAUAUUAUCAGGAAGGGACAAGAGAUUGGCCGAACAGGUGUCUUCAUACAAUGACUCAAAAAGAUCAGAAUCUCUUAUGGACAUACAUCACAAAAAAUUAAAGAAUAAGACAGCAGAAGAUAAAAAUAAGCCCCAAGAGAGAAGGCCAUUUGACCGUGAUCAGGAUCUCAAAGUCAACCGGUUUGAUGAAGCACAGAAGAAAGCACUGAUUAAGAAAUCUAGAGAACUCAAUAGCCGGUUUUCACAUGGCAAAAGCAACAUGUUUUUAUGAUGUGAGUAUCCGACUCUUUAGAGUAAGGUGUAUUUUCUCAUGCUUCUGUAUUUUGAAGUUAUGUAUUCAGUUACUUGCUAUGUAAAUAUUCUUUUAUUUGUAUGCAAAAUGUAUUUUAUUUUAAGAGAGCCAUUAUGACAUACUGCCUUUCUGUAUAAAUAAAAAUCUUUGGUUUUAGAAACUCAGCCUUGAAGAGAAAAUGUAAUUUAAUGACAGCAUACUCUUGCAUUUCAAUUAACAGACAAAAAGAAAACACUGCUAUUAGAAAUGUUAAAGAAAAGUUAAAUAUAGUCAUAAGGGGCUAAGUUGACAUAAAACUAUAGAAGUUCUAGGUAAUACAGUUCAUUAAAGGUUAGAGAAAGGAAACUUGUCAGCAAUCUUUUUAGAAAUAUGCAUUUUCUUGCAUUUAAUUUAAACCAAAAACACUAUUAAAAAGUAG